GCGGCCACGGGCAAUUCGAGAUUUUUUACUCAUCACACAUCAUGACAAGACUGUGCACAAGAGUGAGCGCGAAACCCACAAAAAACGCCACAUGUAAGACAUGUCAUCUCUUUCUUUUUUUGGGUUCUUUGUUACGCCUUUUUUUGCUAUGACCCGAACAACUGGAUUUCCGUCCCCGCUCGUCACAUUUCCGAGUUACUCCCGAAGCAGGGCCCACCCUUGCCAGCAGCCAAACAAAUGGGACUCUGUCUUACUCAGCCCUCUUCUUUACGCCUUGAACAAUUACGUGCAAAGAUGCGAAAGCGAGAGCGGGAAGGUGAGAUGGAAGGUGAGAGUGCGGGCGUGUCUAUGUGUAACCUCAGCUAAGACGAACCAAACCCCCGCCCCGCCCUCUUGGUCCGUCUGGGCCCAGCCCCUUGGGAAACGCAAGAUGGGAUCACCGUCAUCGUCAUCACUUUGGGCCUCUUCUCAUUAGCACUUGUUGGUGUCGUUGACUUAUAUUAUUACUCCCACGUUCAAGCUAAGGUAGACCCGGCAAACCAAGGUGACUAUAAACACCGCGCCGGCCUGCCAGACGCCAAUUAAUUACUGAACAACAAAACAAAAGACACAAGGAAAAAAAACAUCUCACUCUCUCGCUCUCCUCGCUCUCUCGCCC